AUGAAAAUGAGACGUGCGUGUCUAACAUUGACACCCACACUGAACGCGAUAAUGAAGCCGAAAUUGACGAAGAAGCGAAAAACGGUGCGAAGGAGCGCACUGAACAGACCUCUGGAGACCGAUCAACGGCUCCAGGUUGCAACUAUUCUCGAAGAAGCAACUUUCCCCAUACUGGCAAGAGCUCACAGCGAACCUAAGAAGGUGCGGAUAUCAGAGGACCUGGGACACUUGCAACGACGUCUUUCGAGACGUCUCGACCGGUUCCCCGUGCCGAAGUCGCUCGGCAAUAAUUUCGACGCUUCACAUCAAUACACUCAGAUGGAAAAGCUUGAAAACAGCGGAGCCAAGCUGGCACAGCAGAUUGAAGCACUGCAGGAAGUGACGCGUCGCCGGACAAACGAGCUGGCCAGAACUAUUGAACAGCACCAGAAACUGGCUCAAAAGAGUCUACAAUUGGACAACCAGAUUGAGGAACGAAGGGGGAACCUCCAUGCACUUUUACAAGGCAGUGCGGAGAAUGUGGCUGAGGAAAACGCAGCUAUCAGCUAUCGAUACUGUGAGAGAGAUAUCGAUAAGGAAGUGCUGGAGCCAUUGGAUCAAGAUCUUACCAAAAUUGUUGAUAUUUUAGACCAUUCGAGAGUCCUAGAAGUGUCUGCGAAGGUGGAUGAAUUCUUGUGA